CGCACACAGACAGCGUGAACCACCCCUGUAAAUCCAUUAGAAAUAGACCAGUCCACUGAGAGAAGCGCAUAGUCUACUUCUUAAGUUUCAGAAUUGCGUGGGAGUCAUUAAGCAUUUAAUUUGAAGAAGGAAAAACCGAAAAAACUCUGCACACAUUCCAAAUGAGAGCCAAAACAGUUAGAGGAAAUUGGAGCUGGAGAACGAACAAGUUCGGCUUGCCUUCUGUUUUCCUUAUAUGCAUCUUCUUCUUUCUCGCUGGAUUGUUUGGUUCCAGUCUCUUCUUUCACUCUCAGGAAGAUGAAUAUGAUCUGAGCUUGAGGUUGAGGAUGAAGGCGAGUUUGCUUGAAAAAUCGAUGAAGGAGGAGACGGAGUACCGUUUGUUGCAUCCUGGAGAGUCCGGUGACGAUUAUAUUACAUCGAUUCCUUUCCAGGUUUUGAGCUGGUACCCUCGCGCUCUAUAUUUUCCUAAUUUUGCAAGUGCAGAACUAUGUGAAAGCAUAAUUUAUAUGGCAAGGAGAGGACUCAAACCAUCAAUGGUGGCGUUACGCAAAGGAGAUACGAAGGAGAGUACAGAGGGGAUCAGAACAAGCUCUGGUGUGUUUAUUAGCGCUUCUGAGGAUAAAAUGGGGAUAUUAGAUGUCAUUGAGGAGAAAAUUGCCAGAGCAACUAAAAUUCCCAGGACUCAUUAUGAGGCAUUUAAUAUCCUCCGCUAUGAGGUCGGACAGAAAUAUAAUUCUCAUUAUGAUGCAUUCCAUCCUGCUGAAUAUGGCCCACAAAAGAGCCAAAGGAUGGCUUCAUUUUUACUAUAUUUAACUGAUGUUCCAGAAGGUGGGGAAACCAUGUUUCGAUUUGAGAAUGGAUUGAACAUGGACGGUAGCUAUGGUUACGAGGACUGUAUUGGUCUAAGAGUAAGGCCACGCAAGGGAGAUGGACUUCUAUUUUACUCAUUGUUCCCUAAUGGUACAAUAGACCCGGCAUCACUCCAUGGGAGCUGCCCUGUGAUAAAAGGGGAGAAGUGGGUGGCUACAAAGUGGAUAAGGGAUCAAGCCUGGGGAAAUUUUUAAUAUGCUUCAGGUCCAAUCGCGUAUUUUAUUUGUUAGAACCAUGUAUAAUAUAUAAUAACAAA